AUGCAUAGAACAUAUUCUUUAAGAUCUGCUAGAGCUCCAACUGCUUCUCAAUUACAAGCUCCACCUCCACCACCAUCUUCUACCAAAUCAAAAUUCUUUGGUAAAGGUUCCAUCAGUCAUUCUUUCCGUAAAGCUACUGCUGGUGCCACUGGCCCAGAAUUGUCUCGUCAAUUGGCCAUUUUGAUUAAAAUGGAAAAAAACUUGAUGAGAUCUAUUGAAAUCACUUCUAGAGAAAGAAAAGAUGUUGCCAAACAAUUGUCUCUUUGGGGUGAAACCAAUGAAGAUGAUAUCUCUGAUAUCACUGAUAAAUUGGGUGUUUUAAUCUUUGAAAUUGGUGAAUUGGAAGAUCAAUUCAUUGAUAGAUAUGAUCAAUAUAGAAUCACUUUAAAAUCCAUUAGAGACAUUGAAGGUUCUGUUCAACCAAGUAGAGAAAGAAAACAAAAAAUUACCGACCAAAUUGCUUACUUGAAAUACAAGGACCCACAAUCUCCAAAAAUCAAUGUUUUAGAACAAGAAUUGGUUAGAGCUGAAGCUGAAUCUUUGGUUGCUGAAGCUCAAUUGAGUAACAUCACUAGAGAAAAAUUAAAGACUGCUUUCAACUAUCAAUUUGAUUCUAUGAGAGAACAUUCUGAAAAGAUUGCUUUGAUUGCUGGUUACGGUAAAGCUUUGUUAGAAUUAUUGGAUGAAAGUCCAGUUACUCCAGGUGAAACCAGACCAGCUUACGAUGGUUACGAAGCUUCUAAACAAAUCAUUAUUGAUGCUGAAAAUGCUUUGGCUUCAUGGACUUUUGAUUCUGCUGUUGUUCGUCCAACUUUGUCCUUGGCUGCUCAUGAAGAUGAAGAAGAUGCUUACCUUGAUGAUGAAUUGGCUGAUGAAGCUGAAAAUUUGAGAAUUGCUGAAAAAGAUUUCGAAGAAGUUGAAGCUCAUGUUGCUAACUAA